AUGUCAGGAAACUCUUCGAAGGACAAUGUGUCGGACAACUCAGAAAGGAUACGGGCAUUGGACAUACAAGAUGAUGCCCCUCUUCCAGAAGAAAAACACAAAAAAGAACAAUCGGCGGCAGCUGUCUCUGUGUUCGAAGUUGCUUCAGACCUAGAACAGUCUCUAAGUAGCUUGGUGGAGCAGUUUGAAACUUCAAACAAGAAGAUUGGCACCAGCUUUGAUGAUAUUUCCAAAAGAUUACUAAGUUUGGAAACGAAAAUACGGAACUAUAAGGGUAAACCUCAAUGA